AUGAGAGCGCUGGAGGAGGCGACGAGGGUUGUGAGGGAGGCGCUCGAACUGCAGGCAAGCAGCCUCGCCUCAGAGCUCUCAGCUCUUGCAGCUGACUGUCUCAUGCAGGCAACUUGUCAUCAUAAGUUGAGUCAGUGCGGGUACGGCGAUGGGAGAGAGGACGAUGGGUUUUCAGGGCAGGAACAAGAACUGUCACCCUCCCUUGCAAGUGCCCAGACCCAUGACGAGUUGCUCCUGUCUUUGCUGCAACACCUAAGGCAAUCCAGCGACUGCAUCAGGCGAUGCAUGAAGGCGUUUGAGGAGGAGAGAGAGUCUGCAGCUGGACUGGAGCAGCUUCUGGAGUCAGCCAAUCAGGAGAUGGCAUUGAUGUUAGAGGCGCUGCGGGAAAGCGAUGAGCAGACGGCCAUGCAGAGAAGGACGGCGAGCUCCAAGUUCGUCUUGAAUGCAUUCCGAGAAAUUCGUGACAAAGGUGCUCUUGAACAGCUUCAUGAAGAGAUCCAGAAAGACUGUAAGCGCUCGCGAGACGCUGCUACUGGUCUCUUCCAUAAGGUUGAGCAGGCGAAGAUUCUGCGUCUUCCCGGUAGAGCGAGGAUAGUUUGUUGCGGUCUUGACCUGCUGCAGGAGAGACAUCGGAGAAGUCUGAACUCGAGCCCGGAUGAGGAAGAGCACGAGAGUGAAGCCGUGUUCUUUGCGGAGAUCCGAAAGAUUCUUGAGAUGAACGAGAAGCUUGCGAGUUCAAAUGCGAGUCUUAUGGAGGCGAUGGAGGAGCUUGAGCGCAUUGAAGUUAUCCGUCUGAAGAGUUGCUGUUCGCUAGAGGAAAAGUGCGAUAAGCUCGAGGAAGAAAAGGAAAGACUCCGUGCGCAGCUGGAAGCGACCAGGUUGCGCGCAGAAUCUCAGUCAGAGUCCUUCGCCUCGGCGCUGAAGGAGUCGGAAAAAGCAUUGAAGGAGGCUGUCAGCAGCGUGUGGAAUGGGCAAGAGAGGAGGACAGAAAGCCCUGCGAAAGAGAAACAGAUCAUUCAGCUGCUCCAAGAACGAUCCCAGCUCAGGGCGACCGUAGCAGCGCUAAAUGCUUCACUUGAGAUCUACCAGCGAGAAGUUGUCCAGCAGCGAAGCGUCGAUCCAUCGGCUGAGCAAAAGGAGGAGGAGGAGGAGGCAGCGCGAGCGAGAGAGGCUGUCUAUUCUCGUGAGACGCCAUCGUCGUCGUCCACCCUUCCAGCUUCAGACAACCAACAAGUUGGCAGUGAACGCCCUAAGGGACUGAUGAGCUUGCUGAACAGAAGGAGGGAGAGGAAAGAUGCAGACUCGACCCCAGGCCCUCUUCCUCUUUCUUCUGCGAGCUCUGUUUCCUUCCUGGCUCCAAGAAGCUCACAUGGCAGGCCUGGCAACGAGUUCGAUCACCUCCAGGAGCAAAUCGAUGUCAUGCACAAGUCCAUUUGGAGCCUCUUGGGUUCGCAGGGGAGCACAACGGCGGAGAAGGAUGUGGGCGUGCAGGAAGAAAGAAGGGAGAACAAUCAAGAGGAAGACGAAGAAGACGAAGACGAAGACGAAGACGAAGACGAUGCGGAGAGAGAAGAAGAAGAGGAAGUGGAGGUGAGAACGAGUUUUCAGCUCAGUCCGAUGGGCAACAAGCAUGCAAGUCUUCAGCGGCUCAGCUUGGAAUCUCCUCUGCAAGGGCCCCUGGACUUGGAAGACUUCACAGAGAGUGUUGGGAGGGAGCGACGGGGGGAGGAAGCAUCGCUUGCCGUGAGCGAGGACGGCCUCUUCGACCUUGUCAUCACAGUCCUACAGGCUGACCUGCCUCAGCUUGAGAGGGCGUUGAGGAACAGGAAGACAGGAGGAGCGGCGGACGGAGUUAGCGAAGCCGUCCAUGUCAUUGCAGAGGCAGGCAAGAGACGUCAGGCCCACAGCUUGUCCGCCUCCUCCCUCCUUGUCGACGAUCCGCAGCCUUUCCUUGGUCACCCCAACGGGCAGUCGCUCAGCAGCAAACCCUCCUUCCUCUUCCGAUCCUGCUCUGCCAACUGCUUCCUUCGUGUGUCGCUGUGGACAGGAGGUCAAGGGGAUCCGAUGCGAUCUCUUGGAUGGACCAAGGUGUCGGUGAAGGAGAUUCUCCCAAAGGUCCUCCAUGCUGAUAUGGAUUGCUCGGUCAAGCACAGCGACUGGUUUCCUCUCUCGGUGGACCCAGCAGCGUCUCGGGUGUCAGGAGACGGAGGGAGUGACGCGAUGAAGGCUGUCAAGCUUCUCCUGUCUGUUACCUACCGAGGGAGCACAACAGAUCUGUGACAAGAGUGUGGCGGCUAAGAGCGCAUGGCAGCAGAGGAGAGGUGAUGUUGAGAGUUACGAAAUGUUACUUGAUGUUGAGAUAUAAUGUUGCUUCAUGUUAAGAUUUGAUGUUGUUUCAUGUUGAGAAUGAAUUUUGUUUCAUGUU